AUGGCAUCCACACUGGGAUCUUUGCUCUACAUCUCCCUCUUGCUGGUCAACGCCAUUGCGAUUUUGAACGAGGAGCGGUUCUUGGCCAGAGGUGAGUGGAGACGUGCAUUUGUUGUGCUUGCGUGUGAUAAGUGGUCGAGGUCAUGGCAAGUCAUGGGCCGGUCUGAGCUCGGUGGUCGAUUCGUGCGUUGAGGGAGCGGGUUGCCCAUCCUUCCGUCUGCACAAGGGCCACUUCUGCCGCAGAGCGGGCUGUCGCUUUACUCGCGUCCUGUCUCGUUGCAGAGAGCAGAGGGGCACACGAUGGAUGACCCACGACAAACUCCAACACAUGGAUGAGAUGCGAUGCGAAGCUGACCAUGCGGAUCUCUUCUCAUCGCGACAUUGCGGCAUAGUGGGUUGGUCCACAGUGUCCACACAACCGAACAGCGCAGCAGCUUUCGACCCUGCAGGAUUCAAUGGGCAACAAUUAGGCUCAGAAGGACCGGGCGUCAAGGCGAGGCUGAUCAGUCUCAUAGGAGCUGUGAGGAUGUUGUUGAGGGGUAAGUGUGAUGGCGUUUUUGCGUCAAGCGAGAUGAAGCUCGCGGCUCCACGCUACCGCUUGGCUCGGACUGAUACGGAAGCCCUGACAGAAUUUUGCCCGCCUCUACAACGUUCUCAGUGCCGCUAAUCGCUCUCAACAUCGUUGUGAUUAUCUACGAAUUGCUCCUGGGCUAG